AUGGCGGCGUACGUGGACAGCCUCGCGGGGCGCGUGCACGGGCGCGACGAGCUCCUGAGUUCGCUCCGGGAGCUGCACGCGGCGCGCCUGUGGCACCAGCUCACGGACGCGCUCGAGACGGUCGUGGAGGACGAGGCGUUCCAGCAGGACGGGCUCCUCGCGGGCAUGUGGGACGACUUCAUCGCCGGCUUUGCGCUCAAGCUGAACCCGCUCCGGUGCGCGCGCAUCGGCGUGAAAAUGGCCGGAUCCUUCGCGGCACCCGCGCAGGCGAUGGAGUUCGUGCAGAAGAUCAAGGACAAGCUGUCGAGCGACAAGGGGCGGAAGCACCCCAUCGACGACUGCCUCCUGUACCUCGACAUGAACAUCGCGCUCCUGCAGCUCCAGCGCGGCGAGACGCAGGCCUGCCGCGACGCCGUCGACGACGGCACUGUGCGCCUGGGGCGCCUGAGCGAGCCCGACCCGACGGUGUCCGCCUCGGUGCACUGGGCGGCCUCGCAGUACCACAAGUCCCGGAAGGACUUCGCGGAGUUCUUCCGCUCCGCGAUGCAGUACCUCUCGUCCGUCCCGUACGAGUCCCUGGCACCCAUGGUGCGCCUCCCGCUCGCGGUCGACGUCGCGCUCGCGGCGCUGCUCGGCGAGGGCGUGUUCAACUUCGGCGAGAUCCUCCUCCACCCGAUCAUCAAGGAACUCGAGUCCGGCCAGUAUAAGUGGCUGGGGGACAUGCUCAAGUGCUUCAACAACGGAGACCUCCACGAGUACGACGCGCUGUGCCGGCGCGAGGCCGCGGCGCUGAACGCGCAGCCCGCGCUGGUGGCCAACGAGCGCGCGCUGCGCGAGAAGGUCACGAUUCUGUCGCUGCUGGUGCUCAUCUUCGAGACGCCUGCGGAGAAGCGCACGAUCCCGCUUGAGACGAUCGCGCGCGGCGCGAAGCUCGACACCGAGGGCGUGGAGCAGCUGCUGAUGCGGUGCCUGAGCCUGGGGCUGAUCAAGGGGACCAUUGAUCAGGUGGGGGGGGUGGUGCAGGUGACGUGGGUGCAGCCGAGGGUGCUGACGCUGCCGCAGCUCGCGCAGAUGCAGGAGCGCCUCGGGACGUGGCUCGGGAAGGUCGAGGCCGCGGCCGCGAACCUCGAGAGCGCCGUCGUCGUCGAGUGA